GCGCUCCACCAUCACAGCCUCCGACGACGACGACGACGAGGCGAGAAGAAAAACACCUCGCCGCGCAGCGGCGGCAGCCAAUCAGCGGGCUGGUUUCUCUUCAGCAUCUCGCGGAGACCGAGCCAUCGGGCAGACUCGAGUCCGGGCGCCUCGGAGGAAGGACGCUCCAAACGCGGCGCGACGCGCAGUUAUGCUUUUGUGAAAAUUAACACGGAGGCGGAGGAUUUCGUCACCAGCACAAAGAGAAAUCAAAGGUCGGCUAAUCCAAGCACUGCACAGGGGGAACGGAAUUCCUGCACGAGCAUGGCAGACCAGAAAGACAACAUAGAUGACUUUAAAGUCCAGACAGCCAAGCAUCCCAACAUCAGCUCGGCCCCUUUACGGCAGCACAAUGAACAGUCGAAAGACCGGGCAUCCAAAAGGCUUUCAACUGAGUCUAAUGGGACCAGUGAAGGGGGCGCGGGUUCGUCCACGCCAGUGGAGGUGACCGCUUUGGAAGAGUCAUUUCGGCGCUUCGCCAUCCAUGGCGACACCCGCGCUACAGGAAAAGACAUGCACGGCAAGAACUGGUCCAAACUCUGCAAGGACUGUGGCGUGAUUGACGGGAAGAACAUCACCCUCACUGACGUGGACAUUGUCUUCAGCAAAGUCAAGAAGAAAUCCUGUCGCACCAUUAUAUUUGACGAGUUCAAAGUUGCACUCGGAGAACUGGCCAGGAAGAAAUACAAAGAGAAGACAGGAGAGGAGGCUGAAGCGGAGGUGUUCAAGCUGAUCGAAGGGAAGGCGCCCGUCAUCGCAGGAGUCACGAGAGCCGUGGCCUCGCCGACAGUGAGCCGCCUCACGGACCCAACCAAGUUUACAGGGUCACAUAAGGAGCGUUUUGACGACAGCGGCCGCGGGAAGGGUAAGGCGGGGCGAGUGGACGUAGUCGACACUUCCGGAUACGUCUCGGGAUACAAACAUCGAGGCUCGUAUGAAAAGAAAAUCAAUAAACCAACCUAGGCCAAACCCAUGUGAGGGCAAAGAUGAGGAAAUAAACAUUUGAUCAACUACUAGCAUAAUUUUCUAUAUUGAAAGAAAAAAAAAAUGAGUACACAAAGAAAGCACAAAAGAAACUUAUUUCAUCUAUUUUCCAACCCAUUUACUUUGUGUGUGUGUAUGUGUGUGUGUGAAAGAGAGAGAUGUUUUUUUUUUAGUUCCUCUCUUUGUCAAGUGUGAGAACUGGAAAAUUGUUUACAUCUAUUUUUACGAAGUUGUCACCAGCUGGUACAUUCCUGUCUGAUUGCAAGUUACUGCCAGACAUUGCAGAGAGAAACCGCUGUUCUAUGAAUAUUGAAGCUUUGUUGUCAUGAUAGGGAAUAUUAUAUUUAUUGAGCACAAAGAACAACAACAUGCCAAGAAAAACAAGAGUGGUGCAACGAUUAAUUAACAAUAUAGCACUUUUUUAUUGGAACAUUUUAUAAUCCCAUAUUUAGCUGAAGAAAUGCAGUUUCAAUAAUUGGCACACAUUUUUGACAUAGAUAUUAUUAAUUUUUCUUCCUUUCUUUCAAAACUUCAAUUGUUAAAUCCCUCAUUGUGUUACUCAUUUGUCUGCCUUCCCCACUUGUCAGCCGUUGUUAAGUCUUAAUAAAAUCUACUGUUCUUUUUUUUCUCUCAAAGGCUCACAUUGUCAUUUGUAUAAUUUGCCUUUAGCUCAGACCAAGAGACAUUCAGUAUAUGAAGAGCUUUGUCAACUAGUUCAAUUUUGUUGUAAACAUACAGUUAAGUGAGCUGAACUUUUUCUGACCUCUGCCAUAUCCGCUUUGCUUCUGUAAAUAUGACAAAAGCACAAAAUGAGGGCAUCCUCUUAACAUUUCAAACAAAAUUUAAUUCUGUUUUGUAUGACACCGUCUUUAUUCAGAGUUAAUUCUACCUUCACACACACAAACCAUUUUGCUAACGUGCAUUUCGAAUAUUAAAUAGGUAAAUUCGGCUGAAGGGAGCUCUGACCACGGUAGAUGAGCUUGGUUGUACAAGAUUGUAUUUUCACUUAUAUUGUUACUCCCUUAAUUAGAUUUCUAUACAGUAGUUUUAAUAUAUUUGUGGUUAGAUUGUGUAUAUAUAUUCUAAAACCUUUGUAGCCACAUGGUUGAAUUUAUGACACUGGCUUCAUAUGUUUUUCCCCUGUAUUGCUGUACUUUGUGCAUGUUAUGUAUAUUGCAUUUCAUUCAGAAGCAUAUAGAGUUUGUCAUAUCUAAUAUUAACUGCUGUGGAGACAGACUACUGGACAGACUUAAUUAUUUUCUUGCCCAAAAAAAUAUAUUAAGUGAUGAAAUUGUGGGAUCAUGAUAAAAUCUUGUGUUGCUUGAAAUCAAUAUGUAUCAACUUGUACAUGUACAAAGUCAACUACACUCUAAUGCUAUUACAUUUUUCAAAUGGUAAAGAUUUGAAAUACCUACAGUAUAAUGUUUGGUGCAGUCAUCCAAGGUACAGUUUCAACUAAAAGCUAAAGGGUGGUUUUUAAUGUUGUAUCCUGACAUACUAUAAAUUAAACAAACAAGUAAUAUACUUUUAUAGAAUAAUAUUUUUCCAGCACAGUGACGGUGUUUUUGCCGCACUCUGUCACACACUUCCUGAAGCCUCAGCCAAUGAAGAAUCAGGCAUCAAGUCGAAAACUAGCAGCUAUCAGUGUGUUAGUUUUUGUCUGUUGCAGCAGCUUAAAUAUUAUCUGUUUUCUGUGCUUAAUGCCAAAUACUGUGCAUCUUUUUAAUGUGGAGGAACGAUACUGUCUUAUUUUUAUUUAAUUUCUUUAAAUAACUGUUAAUGUACUGUUGUGCCCUGGUGCAUGCAGAGUGCUUUUGUUCUUGUUCUUUAGACCUCUUAAUGUGUGUUCAUGAUUUGUAGUGCUUUAUUGAAAAUAAAAAAAACACCCAAGAACCUCUUAUGAGCAGGUUAUGAGGUGCCAGUCAAAAUA